AUGUCGGACUCAAUGCCUCCCCCAGGACCGGAUGUCAACCUAGUCGCCCAGUACAUGGUGCCCUGUGGCAUCCUCGCCGCCUUCUCCUUUGGCCUGUGCGCGACUCGCAUCUAUACUCGCUGUCAACCUAAAUUUAAUCUGAAAUGGGAUGAUUACCUGAUCCUUCUUGCAGAGAUUUUCUCCUUUUUUGGCUAUAUUUCGGCCAUCGUUGCUGCGACUCACGGAUGGGGCCACCCCAGUUUCUAUAUUGCCCCCAAAAAUGCAACCAUCGCCCUAAAAUGCUCGUUUGCAAUUCAAAUUCUGUGGAUGCAGGCGAUUGCCCUCGUCCGACUUUCCAUUGCGUCUUCCCUUCUUCCUCUCAGCCGGAGUAAAUGGUGGAAGGCGACCCUUUGGACCUUAAUCACCGUGCAGGUGAUUUUGUAUGUGGGGUGGAUGGUGGUUGGCUUUUUCAACUGUCGUCCUUUGAGGUCUAUGUGGACUCCGGUCGAAAAUAUGACAUGCUGGCCCACGAUAUACACUCUGAACUUCGGCUGGGCAUCCUCAGCAUUUUUUGUCACCAUGGAUUUAACCAUGGCGCUCAUGCCCAUCCAGCUCAUCCGAACAUUAAAUCGACCUCGUUCGGAGAAGAUUCUGGUCUGUUGUCUGAUGGCUCUGGGUCUCCUUACCACGGCCACUGCCGGAGCCAAGAUGAGCACAUUCCCCAACGUAUACAAAGGGGACCCCCUCUCGGCAACUAUCUACUCAUCCUUGUUGGCAAAACUCGAGGAGCAGGUGGGCAUUAUCUGCGCCUGUCUGCCUACCCUCAAGGCACCCGCUGAGAGGCUGCUCAUCCGUAUGGGCGUCCUUUCGGACCAGGUGAGGUCGACGAUGUCACGCCCAAGUUUCGUACUCUCGAUGCAACAAGACAAUACCGCUGUUCCGCCAACAAGUAAUAUGUCACCAUAUGACUCGUCGAAGUCGCCCCAGAAACAUAACCACACUACAUCGGAGAUGGAAUGGGCCGAUGAGAGCAAGUUGACUAUGGCCGAGUCUACUUCUAGACAGGCGUCAUCUGGGAGUGAGCGGACGGUUGGUGGCAUGGCGUCGAAGGAGGUACUCCACCCGAACGGAGUCUCACGAGCCGAUGAUGCUGUAUGA